AUGAGAUCGGCGCCAGGACCCCAGCCGUCGAAGAGCGAUCCCUGGGAUCUGGCAAGAGGCCAGCGGGGCGCGGGAGUAAGGCGUCAGGAGGACGCAGAUGAGACGGAGUCGCUGACGUCAGCAAACGAGGCCAGCGGCGAGGAGUCGGCGGAGGAUUACCUAAAGGACGCGCCGGGCAGCAUGUGCAAGGCAGGCGAGAGGGGUCACGGAGAAAAACGCGAAGAGCGAGGGAAGGCGACAGAUGCAGAUCGCGCACCAGAGGAGAUGCGCGGAGGUGACGUGAGGCGCCAGGGGAGCCGCGCGGAUGCAGAUCACGCACCAGAGGAGAUGCGCGGAGGUGACGUGAGGCGCCAGGGGAGCCGCGCGGAUGCAGAUCGCGCACCAGAGGAGAUGCGCGAAGGUGACGUGAGGCGCCAGGGGAGCCGCGCGGAUGCAGAUCGCGCACAAGAGGAGAUGCGCGGAGGUGACGUGAGGCGCCAGGGGAGUCGCGCGGAUGCAGAUCGCGCACCAGAGGAGAUGCGCGGAGGUGACGUGAGGCGCCAGGGGAGCCGCGCGGAUGCAGAUCGCGCACCAGAGGAGAUGCGCGGAGGUGACGUGAGGCGCCAGGGGAGUCGCGCGGAUGCAGAUCGCGCACCAGAGGAGAUGCGCGGAGGUGACGUGAGGCGCCAGGGGAGCCGCACGGAUGCAGAUCGCGCACCAGAGGCGAUGCGCGGAGGUGACGUGAGGCGCCAGGGGAGUCGCGCGGAUGCAGAUCGCGCACCAGAGGAGAUGCGCGGAGGUGACGUGAGGUGCCAGGGGAGUCGCGCGGAUGCAGAUCGCGCACCAGAGGAGAUGCGCAGGAGUGGCACGGGGCGCCAGGGGAGCCGCACGGAUGCAGAUCGUGCGCCAGAGGAGGUGCGCGGGAGUGGCAUGAGGCGUCGCGGGAACAUGGCGGCAGAUAACGCGGCAGCUGGGCGUCGAGAAGAUGAGGGUCGAUGUCAUGAACCCGCAGAAGCGGACGGACGAAGGAAGCAAGUGAGUAAGGUGGGGGCAUGGGUGUGUGUGCAAGUAGCACCAGAAACGAAAGAGGAGGACAAGAAGGUGGGGGCAGGGGCGGAUGAACCAGUAGCGGCAGGCACGGAAGGGACGGACGAGAAGGUGGGGGCAUGGGCAGCAGCAGAAGGGGAAGAGAAGGACGAGAAAAAGGGGGCAGGGGCGUGUGGACUGGAAGCAGCCGGCGCGGAAGGGAAGAACGAGCAGGUGGGGGCGGGAGCGUGUGCAACAGCAGCAGCGAAGGCAGAGGGAAAGGAAGAGCAGGUGGGGGCGGGAGCGUGUGUAACAGCAGCAGCGAAGGCAGAGGGAAAGGAAGAGCAGGUGGGGGCGGGAGCAUGUGUACCAGCAGCAGCAGAGGCAGAAGGGAAGGACGAGAAGGUGGGGGCACGGUCGUGUACACCUAAGGCAGAGAAGCAAGUGCAGGGAAGGAUGAUGGCGAACCAGCAUGUGAGGGAGCUGAGGGAGGAACAUCCACAGCUGCUGGGGGAGAAAAUGGUGAAAGAAGCCGUGAGAGGAACGGAGACGGGUGGGAGGAGCAUGGAAGUAGAGAUGGCGUGCGACUGGGGGCAAGGAGACCUACGGGGGAAGAAGUAG